GGUCUGAUACGGGAAUUAUCGUAUGCUACUUGCAAAUUUUGUAUAUCUAAAAAUCGACGUGCUUAAAGAGAAAUUAUGAUGCGUAUUUUUUUGACAACAUUUCAACUAUCAUCUUAUAUGAUUGUUUUCAUAUGUCAUACCCAUGUGUCAUAACUCUACAAUGUUUGUUAAAGCGAAGUGAUAUGCUUCAUUUUAAAAUUGAAACGGUGAUGUAUGCGUUUAAUCCACAUGUGAAUGAUCCUACGUCGACAAUGAGAACUUUUGUGUUUUCUGAUGAUACUGAUGAAAUUUCUGUAUUGAUACCAGAAAGACUGGAUGCGGAUUAUGGUAUGUACACUUGGCCUUCAGCACCAACACUUGCCCAGUAUAUCUGGCACAACCGAGAGCAGUUCCGUGGAAAAACCGUUCUUGAAAUAGGAGCUGGAACGGCUCUUCCUGGAAUAGUAGCUGCGAAAUGUGGGGCUGUUGUACACCUCAGUGACAGCGAAUCUUUGUUAAACUGUAGUAACAAUUCUUUAAAAUCCUGCAUUGCUAAUGGACUUAACGAUAUCAAAGUGCAUGCGAUCACGUGGGGUCUGUUUGGUACGGACGUGCUUCAAUUACCUUCUCUGGAUAUAAUUAUAGCAUCAGAUUGUUUUUACGACACAAAAGACUUUGAAGACAUUAUAUCAACAGUGGCUUUCCUUUUGGAAAGAAAUCGAGGAUCAGAAUUUCUCUUUACUUACCAGGAAAGGAGCUCAUCACGAACAAUCGAGCAUUUGCUUGAUCAGUGGAAUCUGAAUGGGAGUCAGAUUCAUUUAUCUGAUUUUAAUGCUGAUAAACCUUGUCUGGCUGGUUCAGAACUACCUGGAAAUCAUACUAUUCAUAUGUUUAAAUUGACGUCUAAAGACAAUCCGUAAAGCUUUGUUUGUAUAUAAUAAUAAUAUGUAUGAUAAAGAUGUAUUAUUUCAGUAUUUGGGUAAAAUUUUACGUAAUUCAUAUAAGAAAUUAGGCCUAAAUCACUUUGGAUUCAUUUUCUUUAUACUGGUUGCAAUUUACCUGUUAAAAUAAAUUGAUUUGUUAACAGUACAUUCUGUUUCACCGUAUUGAAGUCUUUUUAAUAAAUGUUUUUGAAAAGUACAAAUCAAAUGAUGCAUUAA